AUGGGCAUCACGGACGAUGAAGUUGUCGCGCACCCGGUAGACCUGACCCCAACCAGCUCCAACGAGAAGGAGGAGCUGGUGGAUACAUACCCUGAUGGAGGCCUGGUGGCAUGGCUUGUUGCCCUGGGCGCGUGGUGUGGCUGCAUCUCUGCGUUUGGGCUCAUGAACAGCAACGGCGUCUUCUCGGACUGGCUCUCUACGCAUGAGCUGAGCCAUUAUGACCAGGGCACCAUCUCGUGGAUCUUCAGUGUGCACAACUUUUUUGUAUUCAUGGGCGGCAUCCAAGCUGGCCCCCUAUUCGAUCGAUAUGGCCCCAAGUUCCUCCUUGCUCUGGGCUCUGUCGGCCUCACUGCAGCAGUCAUGGCAUUCAGCGUUGCAGCAGAAUUCUACCAGUUCAUGCUCAGCUUCGGCGUCCUAGGCGGCCUCUCGGCCUCCAUGAUCUUCACCCCCAGCAUCGCCGUCGUCAACCACUGGUUCCUCAAGCGUCGCGCCGUUGCAACCGGCAUGGUAAUGACAGCCGGAGGCAUCGGCGGCAUCAUAUUCCCCCAGAUCUUCAGCGCGCUGGCGCCCAAACUCGGCUGGGCCUGGGCAAUCCGCGUGCUCGGCUUCAUCGUCCUCAUCACCAGCGGCACAGGCACGCUGCUACAGAAAGCACGCCUAGAACCCGACGCCUCAUGCCAGAAGAAAACCAUCGACCUGCGCGUCCUCCGCGAGCCCACGUUCAACUACACCACCAUCGCCAUCGUCUUCGUCGAGGUCGGCUUCACCAUCCCCGUCGCCUACUUGACGUCCUACGGCUCUGCCAACGGCAUGUCCGUCCAGUCUGCCUACGCUCUCACGCCUAUCCUUAAUGGAGCUUCGAUUCUAGGCCGUCUCCUCCCGGGCUUCGCAGCGGAUAAAUGGGGCCGGUUCAACGUGAUGGUCGUCACGAGUACAGUCACCGCAAUCCUCACCCUGGUACUCUGGCUCACGGCCGGAGCCAACCAGUCGGCUAUAAUUGCCUACGCGGCGCUCUUCGGGUUCUGGAGCGGGUCUGCUUUCAGUCUCGCACCUGUGUGCAUGGCGCAGAUUUCAAAGACAGAGGACUUUGGCAAGCGCUACGGUACUUGCUACACCUUUGUCGCGGUCGGUGUGCUUGUGUCUCUGCCGAUUGCGGGCCAGAUAUUGCAGGCGCAGACGCAUGGUGAGACGGAGCUCUAUUGGGGCUUGAUUCUGUUUACGGGCCUGUCGUUUUUGAUUUCGGCGGUGUUCUUUGCUGUCGCCAGAAUUCAUGUUACUGGGUGGAGGUUGAAGAGCAUGUUCUGAUUCUGUUCCUGUUCCUGUUUCUGCUUCCGGAUAUGGUGUUUGUUUGUUUAUUUUUCCCAGUUGGGUUGUCUUACGAUUCGUGCAUGAUAUGUUAGGGACACUGUGGACAUAUUGGUUAAAAGGGUUUGUUUGUUUG